AUGGAGACAUCGGGGCAUCUCCACGAUUCGGGCGUGGGGGACCUGGAGGAGGACGGUCGGUGUCCCUGCCCCUUACCGGGGGACGAACGGUCACCGCCACCACCGCCGCCGCCCCUGUUGCACUCCUCGCCCGGGUCGUUACGGGCCCCUCCUCCUCCUCCCGCCGCCCCCGCCGCCCUCCACCCUUCCUCCCGCCACGGCAGCCAGCUCAACCUCGGCGACCACCCGGCGGGCUCCGGACCUGGUAGCGGUAAACACCGGCAGCCCAGCCCGUUGGUCCACCGGCGGGACAGCAACCCCUUCACUGAGAUCGCCAUGAGCUCCUGCAAGUACAGCGGGGGGGUGAUGAAGCCCCUCAGCCGGCUCAGCGCAUCCCGCAGGAACCUCAUCGAGGCCGAACCGGAGGCGCAACCUUUGCAGCUCUUCGGGGCUGGCGGACCCCCCGAGAUCGUCGUCUCGCGCGAAGACAACCACGCGCCUGCCGCCUGCCGCCCCGACCGCCCGACCGCCCGACCGGCCCCCGCCGCCUUCGCCAAGGGGCCCAAGCGCAAGGCGCAGAACAUCGGCUACCGGCUGGGGCAUCGCCGGGCGCUCUUCGAGAAGCGGAAGCGCCUCAGCGACUACGCGCUCAUCUUCGGCAUGUUCGGCAUCGUCGUCAUGGUCAUCGAGACUGAGCUCUCCUGGGGGCUCUACUCCAAGGACUCCAUGUUCUCCCUGGCCCUGAAAUGCCUUAUCAGCCUCUCCACAGUCAUCCUGCUGGGUCUCAUCAUUGCCUACCACACGCGGGAGGUGCAGCUCUUUGUGAUCGACAAUGGAGCUGACGACUGGCGGAUAGCAAUGACGUACGAGCGCAUCCUCUACAUCAGCCUGGAGAUGCUGGUUUGUGCCAUACACCCCAUCCCCGGGGAGUACAAAUUUUUCUGGACAGCCCGCCUGGCUUUCUCCUACACACCUUCUCGGGCAGAGGCAGAUGUGGACAUCAUCCUGUCCAUCCCCAUGUUCCUGCGCCUCUACCUGAUUGCUCGGGUGAUGCUGCUGCACAGCAAGCUCUUCACUGAUGCCUCCUCGCGCAGCAUCGGGGCACUCAACAAGAUCAACUUCAACACCCGCUUUGUCAUGAAGACUCUCAUGACCAUCUGCCCCGGGACAGUGCUGCUGGUCUUCAGCAUUUCCCUCUGGAUCAUUGCUGCAUGGACGGUCCGGGUGUGUGAGAGGUACCACGACCAGCAGGAUGUAACCAGCAACUUCCUGGGUGCCAUGUGGCUCAUCUCCAUCACCUUCCUUUCCAUCGGCUAUGGUGACAUGGUCCCGCACACCUACUGUGGGAAGGGUGUCUGCCUGCUCACUGGCAUCAUGGGUGCUGGCUGCACGGCACUGGUGGUGGCUGUGGUGGCCAGGAAGCUGGAGCUUACCAAAGCUGAGAAGCAUGUCCACAACUUCAUGAUGGACACACAGCUGACAAAGCGGAUUAAGAACGCGGCAGCCAAUGUCCUGCGGGAAACGUGGCUCAUUUAUAAGCACACCAAGCUGCUGAAGAAGAUCGACCAUGCUAAAGUCAGGAAGCAUCAGAGGAAGUUCCUACAAGCCAUUCACCAGUUGCGGAGCGUGAAGAUGGAGCAGAGGAAGCUGAGCGACCAAGCCAACACCCUUGUCGACCUCUCAAAGAUGCAGAAUGUGAUGUAUGACCUCAUCACUGAGCUCAACGACCGCAGCGAGGACCUGGAGAAGCAGAUCAGCAGCCUGGAGUCCAAGCUGGAGCAACUCAGUGCCAGCUUCAACUCCCUGCCCCUGCUGAUGGCUGACAUGCUGCGCCAGCAGCAGCAGCGCCUGCUCGCUGCCGUCCUGGAGGCGCGGGGGGUUGGUGUGCCGGUGGGCCCCCCCCAAACUCCUCUCUCUGAGAGCCCCAUCGGGGUCAGCUCCACCUCCUUCCCCACCCCUUACACAAGCUCAAGCAGCUGCUAA